AUGACUUUACAUCCCCCCGGUUGUGGAUGCAAGUUAGAAUCUGAACUGGUAACUAAUUCAAAGUGUUUGCAUUCGAAUAUCAAUAUUCCAUGUAUUACAGCCUUUAAUGAACUUAUUCCUGGAUCAGCACAGUCUGUAUUUAAGCGGUACAACCAAAGAUUAACCAACGAUUCAGUUAAAUGCGCAGAGGACGAUGAGUUAGAUGAGUGCAAAUUGCUAAUUAAUGUACCAUUAUUAUCUCCAACGUCCAUUUCGCACAUAAUAGUCAUUUCGUCAAGGUUAUCAUUAAAACUAGACAUAUAUAAAUCUAGCAAUCAUUUGUCGCUCGAAGACCUGGAAGACCUAGUGCCUGUACAAUCGCUAAAACUAAUACAAGAUCUCCACGGUUCAAUUUUAAACCCUUUAAAGGUGGCUAAAUUUACCAAUCUAUCACAAGUGACUUUGGUAUUUAGUUGUGAUAAGGACGGGAACGGGCUUGAGAUUUCAUACAUAGGUUUGAGGGGAACGUACCAAAUGAACCCCUCCAGGGCUGUAAAUACUGUGUACGAGGUUAGGCCUAAUAUUGCUGAUCACCAGGUGCAGAAUAAUCACAUUAAACUCAAUUUUCAAAUGCAAUAG